GUUAGCUAACACUUUUUUGUGUGUCCAAUUAACGAAUUGUAUCCUAUUUUUGUUGAAUUUAUCACUGAAAAAUAUUGAAGAACCACCAAAAACAAAAAGCUGCCAAACGCUGGUCUUCCGCGCUUAAAAAGGAAGCUAUCAUCGACAUGGCCACGCUUCCGCCGCGCAAGAGUCAGACGCCUACGAGAAUCUGCAUUUCCAAGCAGCAUCUGACGCCGCUCCAAACAUUGCUUCAAAUGGGCUUUCCAAGACAUAGGGCGGAGAAAGCACUGGCUUCCACGGGCAAUCGAGGAGUCCAGAUUGCGUCCGAUUGGCUGCUGGCCCAUGUCAACGAUGCCACCUUGGACGAGUGUGCCCCCAGGGAGUACAUCAUAUAUGCAUGUCCCACGGGUCCGUUUCUGCAGCAGCUGGAGGAAUUCUGGGCCAAAUCGCGCCAAAUGUGCGGCUGGAAUGGAGCUCACAACUACGUCCCCCACAUAACCCUGGUGUCCUUUUUUAAGGCCCCCGAUGAGUGCUCGCUGCAGUUGUCCAAGGCUCUUAAGCAAGUGGUGGACAUGACGGGCGCUUUGUUGGAUCGGCCCCUAAAGCUCGAGCCCUACAUGAGCCAGAACUUUAUGGGUUUCUUUGUGGCCGAGGAGGAUGCCAAUUAUCUCAAGCGUCUGGCCUUGCAGUACGUCAAGGAGGUGUCCAACUCAAUUAUAAGCGAUACCUAUGAGCAGUUGGACGCAAUUGUGGCCUGCUUUCCCUGGUGCGGAGCUGUGUCCUCGGGCACCCGCUGCAUUCCGCGCAGCAGUCGAUCCAUUUCACUCGAGCCACACGUAAAGAGCCUGCACCUGACGCUUGCCUACCAGUUCCCGCAGGCACAGUUCAAUGCACUGAAAGCACUUGUGGAGACACUAGACGCCGGCUGCGCCUCCAAUUGGGAACUUCGUCUAUAUUCACGCGAUCCGCGGCUCGCCACCAAACAAGUCCAGAAAGUCGUCUAUCCACACAACCCGCACGAGACGGAUGAACUGGAGCUGCGCAUCGGCGACUACAUCUACUUAAACACCGAGGUGGUGGACAGUUCCAGCGACGGUUGGGCUGAGGGAAUAUCCUGGUUGACUGGAAGCACGGGACACCUGCCCGUCAACUACACAGAACGCACUGCCGAAUCGGACGCCUGGACCUUGCACCGAGUGGUUCAACUGUCCAAAAGCGUCGCCUCCUCCCUGACUUCUGCCGAGGAUCUGGACAUUGUGGACGGACGUAGCAUUUCGACCGAGCCCGAGGAACGUCAGCAUACAGCACAUCCCGAGAUAAUUGAAGGCUCUUCGUUUGAGGAAUCCGAGCAGAGCGUAGAAAAGUAUUUGCGACAAACCCUAAAGCCUUGCCUGGAACUGCCCUCCGUGCAACUGCUCAAUAACCACAACUUGGCCCAUCAGCACAACCCGAAUACUCCCACGAUCGAAAUUACGACCAAUAUGUCUUCCUGCUCCACCUCCGCGUCCAAGCAGCCUGUGGACGAGAUUUUGGUGGAACCACCGGCACCCCAACCGCCGCGUCCGGAUGACACGCUCAGCGUCCACUCAGAUCACUCGCUACAUCCUGGUUCACUGGAUGCCUCGCAUGCCAAGAAUCGAAAGAUAUACAUCAUGCGGCAUGGAGAGCGCGUCGACUUCACUUUUGGCACAUGGAUUCCAUACUGCUUCGAUGAGUUUGGAAACUAUAUGAGGAAGGAUCUGAACAUGCCGAAGACGCUGCCGCGCCGGAAGAAUAGUCCCGAGGGCUGGCAAAAUGACUCACCGCUGACCAACGUCGGUGUCUAUCAGGCAAAUCUUAUUGGACAGGCUUUGUUUGAGGCCCAGGUCCAGAUUGACCAUGUCUACUGUUCGCCGUCGUAUCGCUGCAUCCAGACCUGCACUAGUGCUCUGGAGGGGCUAAAGCUCACGGGCAAGCACAAGAUCAAGCUGGAGCCGGGGCUGUUCGAAUGGAUGGCCUGGUACCCCAGCGGAGUUCCCGAUUGGCUGACCAAGAACGAGCUGACCGAGGCUAAGUACGACGUGGAUUUGGACUACGAGCCAUUGCAGCCAUCGUCAGAUCUGACCGCUCGCCUCAAGGAGUCCACGGAACAGUUUUAUGAGCGCAAUCAUGAUGUUAUCCUGCAGCUGCUGGAACAGACGACUGGUAACAUUUUGGUUGUGGCCCAUGCUACCACACUGGACACCUGCUCCCGGCAGCUGACCGGUGGAGUUCCACGAAGCUCUAACGAACUGCGCCAGGUGAUCCAUAAAAUCCCUUACUGCAGCCUGGCCACGGUGGAGCAGGUGGACGGGGUCUGGAAGCUAGUGGAGCCCGAGUGCCUGCCGGUGACGCACUCGAAGAACCCGCGCUUCGAGUGGAACGCCUUGUCGACCACCUAGUGCCAGUGCUUAGAGCAGUUUCUGUGCAAGCAUUGAGACUGAGACUCGAUUGGGAUGGACCAGGAGGUGAAUCACACACGGACGGAACUAUAAGUAAAUUUUUUGUUUAGCUAUCUGA